AUCAUUUGCAGUAAAAUGAAACUUCAGUUUACUAUCUGUUUGGUUCUAUUGGCUGCAUGCAAUUUGGCUAACGCCUACAGUAGCGAUGGGCAGCCGGGUUGCAAGACGCAGGAGGAGUUGGACAUUGCGAUCUUCCGUGAUAACUGGGAUCCUACGUCCUACUGGAAGUGCGAGGCACUCAACGAACCCGCCACUAAAAUGCGUUGUCCGGAUGAGAUGGGCUAUCUCGAUAGCCUGAAGGACUGCGUCAACUGGGACGACUGGAGAUGGGAGAAACCAGCUGCUCCCCUCAGCGAGGUCGACGAGUGAUUGAAAGACGUUAACAUUAAAAUGCUAAACGUGACAUUUAAUUAUUGUCAGAGAAUUGAAUAUAAAUACUGCUCUAAGCGGCAUAUAAACGCAACAAA